AUGAUCCGACUCCUACGCUCUGCCAUGACUGCCAUCACUGAGUCCGUGACUGCUGCGCCGGCCCAGGUGCCGCGCGUGCCCAUCCCCGCCAACGGUGUCGACUAUCGUGGUAAAAUUGUCCUCGCCCCGAUGGUUCGCUCUGGUGAACUGCCCUCGCGCCUACUCGCCCUUCACUACGGUGCUGAUCUUGUCUGGGGUCCCGAGACCAUCGACCGCUCGCUCAUCGGUGCAGAGCGCCGCGUGAAUCCCCGGAACGGCACCAUCGAAUUCACCCGUAUGCCGUCGAACGGAGGCCGGAAAGAGAAAGCAGCGAAGGAAUCAGUGAUCUACCGAAUCGACCCGGUGCGGGAAAAGGGCAAGCUCGUGUUCCAGAUGGGAACUGCCAACCCUGACCUUGCGGUCCAAGCGGCCAAGGUCGUUGCCGGGGACGUGUCGGGGAUUGAUGUCAACUCUGGCUGUCCCAAGCCCUUCAGCACCAGUGGUGGAAUGGGCGCGGCGCUGCUUCGCACGCCUGACAAGCUCGUCUCCAUCCUGGAGACCCUAGUUCGAGAAGUUGGCGAGCCCUUCAAGAUCGGUAUCUCGGUCAAAAUCCGUAUCCUGGAAACUCCCGAGCUCACCGAGGCCUUGGUCACCCGUCUCGUGCGCACCGGUAUCACCGGUUUGACCGUCCACUGUCGGACCACCCCAAUGCGACCUCGCGAGCGCGCCAUCCGCCAUCAGCUGCGCAUGAUUAGAGAGCUGUGCCAUAAUGCUGGCGUCGCCUGCGUGAUGAAUGGCGACGUGACCUCGCGCGACCAAGCUCUCGCCCUGAUGGACGAGUUCGGUGUUGACGGCGCAAUGAUCGCCACCGCAGCCGAAUCCAAUUCAUCCUGUUUCCGCUCCGAAGCCGAUGGCGGACUCGCCCCGUGGCGCGAUGUUGUCUACGAGUAUAUUAAGUACUCCCUCGACAGCGAAAAUCGACUGGGUAACACCAAGUACCUGCUCAACAUGCUGAUCCCAGGCAAGGACAAGGACUUCAAGGAGGCCAAGGCAGCUCGCACUUACACCGACAUCUGCCGCCGCCUGAAAUUCGACGACCUUGUCGCUCAUGCCAUCCGUAUCGAUGAGAUUCUCGAAAUUACAGAAAAAUGGGAAGAUGGACCAGACGAGAACAGCACCCGCUCCAAGGCUGUUCAGAAUGCGAUGGAGAGCGAGUCUGCGCGCGCCGCUGGGGGCGCCAAUACUAGGUCCUCCAAAGUAGCCCCUGCUACCCACAACGGUGGGCCUAUUCGCACCUCGUCCAUCCCCGAGCCACCCAAAGGCAAACCCGCCGAAGAGGCAGUUGUAGGCGCGUCGAUUCCAGUAUCGGAAGUCGGUCAGAAGCCGGAGGUGAUGGCUUAG